UCCGCGGAGCCCAAUCUGGGACCGACGCGCCUCGCCGCUGGCCGCCGACCCCGGCCCCUGCCCCCGAGCCCAUGGAGGCGCCGGGACCCCGCGCCGUGAGGACUGUGCUCUGUGGCGGCUGCUGCUGGCUCCUCCUGUGUGCCCAGCUGGCUGUGGCUGGUAAAGGAGCUCGAGGCUUUGGGCGGGGAGCCCUGAUCCGCCUGAACAUCUGGCCAGCGGUCCAAGGGGGCUGCAAACAGCUGGAGGUCUGUGAGCACUGCGUGGAGGGAGACAGAGCGAGCAAUCUCUCCGGCUGCGUGUGGGAGCAGUGCCGGCCAGAAGAGCCAGGACACUGUGUGGCCCAAGCUGAGGUGGUCAAGGAAGGUUGCUCCACCUACAACCGCUCAGAGGCAUGUCCAGCUGCUCACCACCACCCCACCUAUGAACCGAAGACAGUCACAACAGGGAGCCCCCUAGUCCCUGAGGCCCACAGCCCUGGAUUUGAUGGAGCCAGCUUUAUUGGAGGCGUCGUGCUGGUGUUGAGCCUACAGGCAGUGGCUUUCUUUGUGCUGCGCUUUCUCAAGGCCAAGGACAGCACCUACCAAACACUUGGCCCCAGCAUGAUGGGCCUACUACGGAUCCUGCUCUCCCUGUGGCUCCUCCUGCUUGGGGGGCCUGCCUGCCUAAAGACCCAGGACCACCCCAGCUGCCCAGGACCCAGGGAACUGGAAGCCAGCAAAGUUGUCCUCCUGCCCAGUUGUCCUGGAGCUCCAGGAAGUCCUGGGGAGAAGGGGGCCCCAGGUCCUCAAGGACAACCUGGACCACCUGGCAAGAUGGGCCCCAAGGGUGAGCCAGGAGAUCCAGCAAACCUGCUCCGGUGCCAGGAAGGCCCCAGAAACUGCAGGGAGCUGUUAAGCCAGGGUGCCACCUUGAGUGGCUGGUACCAUCUGUGUCUACCUGGGGGCAGGGCCCUCCGAGUCUUUUGUGACAUGGACACCGAGGGGGGCGGCUGGCUGGUGUUUCAGAGGCGCCAGGAUGGUUCUGUGGAUUUCUUCCGCUCUUGGUCCUCCUACAAAGCAGGUUUUGGGAACCAGGAGUCUGAAUUCUGGCUGGGAAACGAGAAUUUGCACCAGCUUACUCUCCAGGGUACCUGGGAGCUUCGGGUAGAGCUGGAAGACUUUAAUGGCAACCGUACUUUCGCCCAGUAUGCAACCUUCCGCCUCCUCGGGGAGGUAGACCACUACCAGCUGGUGCUGGGCAAGUUUUCAGGGGGCACUGCAGGGGAUUCCCUGAGCUUCCAUAGUGGGAGGCCCUUUACCACCUAUGACGCUGACCAUGAUUCGAGUGGGAGCAACUGUGCAGUGAUUGUCCACGGUGCCUGGUGGUAUGCAUCCUGUUAUCGAUCCAAUCUCAAUGGUCCCUACGCAACGUCUGAGGCUGCUGCCCACAAAUAUGGCAUUGACUGGGCCUCGGGCCGUGGUGUGGGCCACCCCUACCGCAGGGUUCGGAUGAUGCUUCGAUAGGGCACUCUGGCAGCCAGUGCCCUUAUCUCUCCUGUACAACUUCCAGACCCUCAGCCACCUCCCCUUUGCCAACCACCUCUGCUUGCCUGUCCACAUUUUAAAAUAAAAUCAUUUUAACCCUUU